CGGGGCUCAAUAUGGCGGCCCCCAGGGAGUGGUCCCAGCGUGGGCUGGGGAAGAGGCAUUGCCUUGUCGCCCUUGCUGCUUAUUUCGUGGCUCUGCCCCGCUGUUUCCUGGGAGCUCAGGCUGGCAGCGUAGCCUGGGAUUCCAGGAAUGCCGAUCUCUUGCUGCCAUAUCCUCCUCCUCAACAUGGACCUCAACGUCGCCUUCGCUUUGCCAGGGAGUGUCGGACUCUCCUCCUUGGCAACACAACUCAUGAAUCCUGGCCCAGCGACAACAGCAGCGAUUCCUCACUGGCCAUCACACGCGGAUUUGUUUCGUACAUUCCUCCAAAGGGUCCCAACAGUCGACAGGUGUACGGCCAUUUCACAGUCGUAAGUGACCCUCUUAGGACGUUUUCGGUGCUGGAACCUAGAGGGCCGGGUGGAUGCCAAUCCUGGAGCACAGCGACAGUGGAGGAGACCGCCAGAAACGGCCAAUGCCUGGUGGCUCAGAACGGGGGCUAUUUCAACACGAAGACAGGACAGUGCCUUGGGAAUGUGGUGAGCGACGGGCGACUUGUGCAAAGCGCCGGUGGAGUCCAGAAUGCUCAGUUCGGCAUCCGAAAGGAUGGCACCCUGGUUGUCGGGUACCUUUCCGAGGAAGAGGUCUUGGCGAAAGAGAACCCCUUUGUGCAGCUCCUGAGUGGGGUGGUUUGGCUCCUGCGAAAUGGGGAAGUGUAUGUGAAUCAGAGCCAGGCUGUGGAGUGUGACGAGACACAGACGACAGGAACAUUUGACACGUUCAUCAAUACGGUGUCUGCCAGGACGGCUGUGGGGCACGACAGGCAAGGACGGCUGGUCUUGGUGCAUGUGGAUGGGCAGACCAACGCAAGGGGUCUGAACCUCUGGGAAAUGGCAGAAUUCCUGAAGAAACACGACGUUGUCAAUGCCAUCAAUUUAGAUGGUGGAGGAUCAGCCACCCUGGUCUUGAAUGGCACCCUUGCCAGCUACCCCUCCGAUCACUGUGCGUUUGACAACAUGUGGCGCUGCGCUCGGCCCAUCUCGACCAUCCUCUGCGUCCAUGAGCCUCCUUGCCAGCCUCCGGACUGCGGGGGACACGGGCGCUGCCUCCUGGGGCAAUGCCACUGCGAUGGGGCUUUUUGGAAAGGCCCCGCUUGCAACAUCCUGGACUGUGGCCCUUCCAACUGCAGCCUGCAUGGGAUCUGCACACAGACGGGAUGCCUUUGCGAUGCUGGCUGGGAAGGCACAAACUGCAGUGAAGUCUGUGCGAAGGGAUCCUAUGGGGAUGGCUGCCUCCAGAAAUGCCUUUGCCUCAAUGGUGGCCAAUGCGACCCUGUCCACGGAUCCUGCACUUGCCCAGAUGGCUACCAAGGAAAACUCUGUGAAGAAGCCUGCCCUGUCGGACAAUAUGGCCCAAACUGCCAGCAUUCCUGCCAUUGUCCAAACCAAUGUCCUUGUGACCAGAAGACGGGCAGCUGCAAUAUUUCUUCUGCAUCUCCUGGAAUGGCGAGACAGUGCUUGUUAAAAGACAGUCAAGAGGAGCACUUCUUCACACAGAAGGCAUGGAUAGGUAUAACGUUGAGUUUGUCAAUCCUGCUUUUGUUCAGCGGUGCGAUGAAUGUGAGGCUGCUCUUGUGCCGAUCCCCAGAGCAAAGGGAGCGUGGGAAAUACACCUAUCAGCCAUUGGAGGACAUGAACGGGGAGAGCCACCGUUGCCCAUCGGCAGAAGACAUCUGGGAUGCCGUCCAGAGAGAAAGGGCCGAUUCCCUUUGAGGAGAGAACGAACGCGGCGCUUUCCAUCCCAGCAGCACAUUGUAGCAAAACCUUCCGUGGGUUUUCUUCUUCUUCCUUCAUGAAGAACGGCGGAGAGUGGGAAGAUGUUCAUCACUGGAGAAAAGAGCCUGAAUGAUCCUGCGACAUUUGGGCUCCUUUUAAAAAGAUGGAACUGUAUUGAUGAUUUACAACUCUGGAAGGACACCUGAAAGCAAGGGUCUCCAAACUGUUUAAGCCCAAGGUUCACGGUCUCUCCGACUGUUGAGGGGCCCAGACUAUAUUUUGCAAGGAAUAUGAACGCACUGCCCAUAUCUUCUUGGGAGUGCAACAAAACCAUGACAGAACAAUACAAUAUGUAAACUGAAGAACAAUUUUAGCCCAAAAAAAACCUCACUAGUAUUUAAAUGGGAAAUGUGGCCCUGCUAUUGGCUGGUGAGAGAGUCGUGUUAAUUAGGAUUGUUAUUGUUGUGUGCCUUCAAGUCGUUUCACACUCUCACGCAGUUUUCUUGUCAAGAUUGAGCCAAAGGGGAUUUGCCUUUGUUUUCAUCUGAGGUUGAGAGUGGGACUUGGCUAACGUCACCUUCUUUUUCUUUCCCCCCCCCCUCUCUCCUUUUGUCCACCCUUCUCUCUGUCCUUCCCUCCUUACUUGGUGGCAUGUGCAGCAUGAAGGGAAGGAAUUGGGGUGGCACAAAGGUAAUUGCAAUGUGGGGUGGAUAAAUUCCUUUGGUGGGCCGUAUUCUGACAAUGGGCCGUAGUUUACACACCUGCCUUAAAGCAAGAAUUCUGUGACUGAUCUGCAUAUGUGCCUUUGAGUUGCCUACUGACUUAUGGCAACUCCAUUCAUUCGUAGGAUUUCUUAAGCAGCAAAUAAUUAAGUGGUGAUUUUGACAGUUCUUUCCUCCAAAACAAAGCCUCCAGCAGCUGAUGGUCUCCCAUCCAAGUACAAUCCAGAGCUGAACUUGCUUAUUUUCCAAGAUCAGACAGGAUCUGGGUGUUUUUUUCCCCUGUGUCAGGGGCGACUUGAGAAACUGCAAGUUGCUUCUGGUGUGAGAGAAUUGGCCGUCUGCAAGAAUGUCGCCUGGAUGUUUUGAUGUUUUACCAUCCUUGUGGGAGGCUUCUCUCAUGUCCCCGCAUGAGGAGCUGGAGCUGACAAAGGGAGCUUAACCCGCUCUCCCCAGAUUUGAACCAUGGACCUGUUGGUCAGUAAUCCUGCUGGCCAAAGGAUUUAACCCAUUGUGCCACUGGGGGCUCCAUGGGAUUUGUUGCCUUUAGGGUAUUUUGACUUAUGCAAAUGCGUCUUGCCAAGUUCCCUGAUAAAAUAAACUCCUUUUUAAUUUUUUAACACUCACGGGCACUAAUAUUUCCUUUCCACUGUUACUGUUUCAGGAAAAGAGACUUUUUCCCUCCCCAAACUGGAAGUUUUAGAGGCCUAAAACAUCUGGUAAGAUGGAAGGAUGAAAUGAACUAAAAUUAUAAUAAGGGAGCAAUGUGCAAUCACCAUCAUUUCUGGAAGUUGCUCACUUGUGCAGUAAAAGUACAGGCUUUCCGUUCAAUGGAAUUACGUUGCCCAGCCAGAUCCAAACACCAGCAAAAAAGAUGAAAGAAAUGGUAAUUUCAACAAUUUUUUAGCAAGUCGGCGAAAGAAGCAGAAGCCAAAUAGCAAAGUAGCUUAAAUACUGGAUUUGUCUGGUGGAAAGGCUGAAUGUGAACCCUGUUUGGCUAGAAUACUCUUAUGAGUAGAGGCCAGAUAUCUCUUUCAGUGGCUGUCUAACUCACUGGAUUGUUUAAAUCAUAAUCGAAUAAAGGCCUGGGAAUCUUAGGUUUAUUUCUUUCCUCCAAAAAGCUCAGAACUAAAAUUCUGAAAAGGGCUUUAACAAUAUUAUGGUUCUUACUUCCAAUUAAAAUGAUGACAGAAUUAACUGUUGUGCUUUAGGUUUUCAUGAGUCUAACUUUGAUCUCACGACAAAGGGUUUUCAAUAAUAUUUUUUGAAAGACGUGUGUUUCCUUUGGGCCAAGAGAGAUAGUUAAAAGCCUGACUCACUUUGGAUGCACUUUACCUCGUUUUGUACCAACUGCUGAAACUCCCGGUUUUUUUGGUUUUGGGUCACGUUUGAAAUGUACAUGUGGAAAUAAUCUAUUUUGUUAUCACUGGAAACGAGAGAACGGAAGAAACAUGGCAUUUGUACCAAAUAAACAGAUUUU